AUGUUCGCCAUGUUUUUAGCCUUGUUCUCGGUCAUGUCCCUUUUCAAGAGCAUUACCGCUUACACCACGUACACCUGCGUCUCCAAUGGAAACCCCGUUCUCACCGUUGAACCCGGCUGUGACGCGCUCUCUAAUGGCUAUUCCAGUUGCCAGACCAAGUCCGGAAUCCCAUACGAAGAAUGUGUCUGUCAACCGAAGUUGUUCGAUGCCAUAUACGAAUGUGAAAGCGAAGACCGACAAUGUUUCGAAGGGUACAGCAUGGACGAGUACUAUGAGAAUAUUCUUUCCGGUUGGCACUCAUUGUGUGACACUUUCACCUCGACAUCCUUCUCAACGCCCAAGUUGAGAACGCCAACCACGACCUUCGUCCUUCCCGCUUCCAGCAAUACUCAAAAGUGCCAGAGCAUCGAAACCGUGUGUGGUGUGACAGGGACUCUGAUCAAAGACUGCUAUCUCAGCUACCCUGCAAGUUCCCAGGAUGCCCAAUUCAAGAGCUGCGCCUGCAGGAACGACUUUUACAGUGCCGCGUCCAUCUGUGAGUACGAUGGGAACAUCACCUGUUUCUCUCGGCCUGCAACAUUGACGAACAUUGGACUUUGGCACGUUUGUGGGAUCACAGCAAUACCUGAUGCAGAUGAUGAGGGGUCUGGCAGUGUACUCACGACGCAACCCGCACCAGCUUCCACAACCAGUAUGCUGCUCACGACUCCUCCAUCUAGUCUUCCAGCAUCCAGCGCAGCCUUACCAACACCAACCAGUUCCGCAAGCAAGACUGGAUGGGUAUCGUGGCUGGUAGUUAUGAUGUUGGGAGCACUCUUCUGGGUCACGCUAGACUACUGA